AUAGUGCUGUAUAUAUAGUGAGAGAGAGAGAGAGAGAGGGGAGAGAGAGGGGAGAGAGAGGACUGCAGUCCAGUAGGUAAUCAAAUCAUUGCGUGAGGCUGACCGGAAGACGAUUGGUUAGAGAGGGGAGGAAGUGUACUGAUUUGAUACAGCAUCACAGGAACACCGCGGAAGGAUUGGGCGAUGGAGAAUUGUAAGGGUUUCUGGACGAAGGCUACGUUGUAUGGACUAGCUCUCGGCCAGUUACUUUCGCUACUCAUCACUUCCACUGGAUUUUCAUCCUCUGAACUCGCGAAGAAAGGGAUUAACGCACCAACUUCUCAGUCUUUUGUUAAUUAUGUGUUAUUGGCAUUGAUUUAUGGAAGCAUUAUGCUGUAUCGAAGGCAGGCCCUCAAGUCGAAGUGGUAUUAUUAUAUCUUGCUUGGAAUAGUUGAUGUGGAGGCCAAUUUUCUUGUGGUUAAAGCAUAUCAGUACACAUCAAUCACAAGUGUCAUGCUGCUGGAUUGUUGGACAAUUCCAUGUGUCCUGUUUUUAACGUGGUUCUUUUUGAAGACAAAAUAUAGGGUCAAAAAGUUGAUUGGCGUGGUAAUUUGUAUUGCUGGUCUUGUGACUGUUAUUUUUUCAGACGUCCAUGCUGCAGAUAGAUCAAGUGGAGCUAACCCAAUCAAAGGUGAUAUUCUUGUUCUUGCUGGAGCCACCCUUUAUGGUGUCAGUAAUGUCAGUGAGGAGUUUUUUGUUAAAAGUGCUGAUAGAGUUGAACUUAUGGCAUUCUUGGGCUUGUUUGGUGGCAUUAUCAGUGCAUGCCAAAUAGCCGUACUAGAGCGCAAUGAACUCGCGUCCAUUCACUGGUCUGUGGGGGCGACACUACCUUUUGUGGGAUAUUCUUUAGCCAUGUUUCUGUUUUACUCUGGAGUUCCAAUCCUCUUAAAGAUCAGUGGAUCAACAAUGCUGAAUCUGUCGUUGCUCACCUCAGAUAUGUGGGCUGUGUUGAUACGGAUCUUUGCCUACCAUGAAAAGGUUGAUUGGCUUUAUUUCAUAGCUUUUGGUGCUGUUACUGUGGGGCUCAUUGUUUAUUCCGGGGGCGAAGGAAGCCGUCCAGAGGCUGCUGACAUGGAAGCUGGCUUACGCCUGCCUGAUCAUAAAGAUAAAACAGAGAGCUCAAUUUCAAAGCAGGAGGACGCGUCCAGCAGCAAUAUGGACGAGCAGAUAAGCAAGGCAAAGUGAAAGUAAAAGAAGAGGGGAGAAGGAAAAAUAAAAAUGGUUUUUUGUAGCAAGGGAAAUAAGGUAUUGCAGAAGUUGCUUCAUGUUUCCGAGGUACGUGUGGGAAGAAAUCUUCCAUUUUAUUAUUAUUAUUAUUAUUAUUAUUAUUAUUUGUUUAUUGUCUCCUUAGAUAAUUAUUUGAUGAUUUCUUAGUUUUAACCUAUUAUUUGAUGUAUAGUGUAUGUCUUUUUA